UGGCAUUCGCGUCAAAUCAUUAUUGUGCAUCAAUAUUUAUCAUUCUGGUAACAUACUUGUAACACAGUGUGAUUUUACCUGAGUGUGUCACUGUGUUCUCAUCUGUCAGGUGUGCGCUGAUCGGAAGUGGGCGUGGCCAUGCAAAGACUCCUCCCAUAGCAACCGUUAGAGCGUGCUUGCGGUAUCUCGAGUGGAGACGCCAAAAGCGCACGUGAAAUCUCGCCAAUACAACACACGCCAAAUGACCGUCCGUGAGAGAGGAUAGAGUGUUCCGCCGCCGCCAUGAACGACAAAUACCACCGGGCGGCUCGAGACGGUCACCUGCACAUGCUGAAAGAGGCGACGCGCAAAGAUCUAAACGCGCCGGAUGAGGAUGGAAUGACGCCGACGCUUUGGGCCGCGCACCACGGCAACCUGGACGCGCUCAGACUGGUGGUGGGACGAGGAGGAGAUCCAGAUAAAUGUGAUAUUUGGGGAAACACUCCUCUUCACCUGGCAGCAGCUAAUGGGCAUCUCAACUGUCUGUCCUUUCUGGUGUCAUUUGGCGCCAAUGUGUGGUGCUUGGACAAUGACUAUCACACACCACUUGACAUGGCGGCCUCGAGGGGCCACAUGGACUGUGUACGAUAUCUGGACUCUAUUGCUGCCAAGCAAAUCACCAUCAACCCCAAACUGGUGAGCAAAUUAAAGGACCGUGCCUUUCGUAAUGCAGAGAGACGCAUUAAGAACUGUGAAAAGCUUCAGCGCAGGCAUCACGAACGCAUGGAGAAGCGUUUCUUGAGAGAGAGUGCUGCAAUGGACACGUCGGAUACGAUGAGUUACAGCAGUUUCAGCAGCACCCUGAGCCGAAGGAUCCCUCAGUUCAACACCCUCGACUCCAACAUGACAUACUCACAGGCAACACUUCAGUCCACAACUAGAGGCCGGACCAAGAUUCAGCGGCGUCUUGAGAAGAAGAAGCAAGGUGAUGGAACAUUCAAGAUUUCAGAAGACGGCCGAAGGAGUGUUCGUUCGCUCUCUGGUCUUCAGCUGGGCAAUGAUGUUAUGUUCUUGAAGCAGGGUACGUACGUCGACCGACGCCAGCAGUCCAGCCCUCGGCUCAACAUCCGUAACAUGUUUUCUGGUAAACAGGACAUCAAGCCAAAUGAUUAUGAUGAUGAUGAGGUGGACACUGUUUCACGGGCACUUAGUGAUCCGGGUCUGUAUGAUGCUGCAUACUCCGAGAUAAGUACGGACUCGGGUCGGGACUCUUUGUUCAAUCGCCCAGGACUCGGUACCAUGGUAUUCCGUCGGAAUUAUGUGACUGAUGGGCUGUUCCGAAUGGGACAGAAUGAGGGCAGUGUGGCGGGAAGUGAACCAGUGGGACGGGUCCCAAAUGUCCGCUUACGGGGGAGAUUGCCACUACGCACGCCCAGUCUCGAUGAAGUCAGCAUAGGCAGCUCAUUGAGUCUCCAAGAGAAGAACUUGCAGGAUUUACCAUGGGAGGAAGGAGACCUAGGUUUGGAGGAGGAGGAUGAUGAGCUUCAGCCAUCGUCAGGUCCUUUAGAAGUGUUCCUGGCAUCUCAAGGAUUGAGUGACUUCCUCUCCAUCUUCCAUCGAGAGCAGAUUGACCUAGAGGCAUUGCUGUUGUGCUCUAAGCAGGACCUUAUUAGCAUCCAUAUCCCACUCGGACCUCGCAAAAAACUACUUGAUGCAUGCAGUAGACGCAACAAUGUUUUGGAAGAAGCUGACGGCAUGCAAGACACUAUGCUGUAGAGUAUGUCUGUAUGUCUAGUGUACUUUCUUGCAGUCGUUUUUAAAGCAGCAUCCUAGCUAAACUGUGUCUUUGUAAGUGUCUACACAGGCAGCAACUGAACACGCCACACAAAUAGCAUUUCAUACGCAAAGAGCAUUGGAGACUUGACGUGGACAAGUCUCCCAUGCAUUGGAUAAAUCUUCCAGCAUUUCUCCCAUCUUGUCUACUAUCUUGGAUGUAUUUUUUUUUUCCUCUGAGCUUGUUGCAUUCUAAGAUUGCUUUCUCUGUAAAGCCUACAUGUGAUGCUGCCUGAGAAUUUGGCCAAAACCAUGUACGUGUUGCAAGAUAAUUAUGCUGCCUACUUUUUAAAGCCACUUCUUGUCAGGAACUAGCACGUCUACAAUUCCUCAAUUGACCCGCUUUACUAAAUGUUCAUUUAAGAUACUCCGUCUUAAGGUACAUUCACAUUAUCAAAAUUUCUGCUACAUUUUACGGGCAAGUUAUGUUUUUGCUAUUUCAAAGCGAAAAAAAUGUAUUUGGCUUAGAUUAGGGAGCACAUAUUCACUAUUAAGUGUUUUUCCUCAAUAAAUUAAGAAUUUGCUGCUUAUUAUUGACAGUAAGGUAGUCAUUGUAGUAGUUAUGUUUAGGUACUGGGUAGAGUUAAGGAAUUUAGUAUAUGGUCAUGCAUUAAUAUGUGCUUUAUAAGUAAUUAUAACUAAUAAACAGCCAAUAUACGCAAAGAAUGCAUGCUAAUAAGCAACUAGUGAAUAGUGUAUCCUAAUCUGCCUUACAGUAACUUGCUUUUCCUGUGCAAUGACUUUGCUUUUCUGCUGCAGGUGGUUGAAUCAUGUUAAUCAUAGCCAAAUAGCCUAAUUAUAUGCUCUUUAAUUUUGACUCCAUUCUGGAAUGCAGCGCUCGCUUUUAAACCAGUCUGGUCAAUACCAGAUUGACUAAAUCAAGAUCUGCUUGUUUUCCUGAUUAUCCUGUUUCACUUUGAAAUGCCUGACAUUGUGGAAGAAAAACAGGUUGCAUAGUGCAAUUCACAUAUUUGAAAUGCUUCUUAUACCUGCAUCUGGAACACAGCCAUGGUGUGUGUCUGUGCAUUAGUUAGUGAUAUACCUGCCUCCUGGUGGCUGGGUGGAAAACUACAGCUCUCUAUUGGUACACAUCCCUCUCUAGCCAGCAAAACUGUCUGCUCACAAAGAAGUUCUACUUGGAAGUCUACAUGCCGAUGGUUGUGGUUGUGGUUAUGAAUGCCCAUGCAGUUUGGAGGUAAAAUUCACACAAAAUUUUAAUCUAACCUUGCUUGAGGUUCAUCAAAGAUAUUGUGGUUCCUGAUACACUCUGUGAAUGGUUGCCUUGCAUAUUGAUACUGUCAUUUUAUAUGACAAAAAUAAAUUUGCAGUAAUAAUUAGCAUUUUCAACUUAAUGAUUUUAAACUUUAACAAUUAAGAAAUGAGGCCGUUGUUAGAUGACGCAUCUUGAGACAGAUUUGCUACUAGAGCAAAAAUCUAUUUAUCAGCCCUUUAGUGUCCCACAUUGUCUCAGAUUACUCUAAUUCACUUUUUAUUAAUGUUAUGUACCGUAGUAGAGAAAUAACAUGGUAAAUAUCAAAAAGUCUGUAAGAUAAUACAUUCAAGCCAGAUGUGUCCACACUUGGCUCACUGCAUACUGUAUAUGCAAACAUUAUUUAAGUUUUUGUGUUUAGUUGUGCAUAUGAAGCUUUGGACAGCAUCAGUGUCCAGCCAAAAGACAUUUCACUUAUGUAAAACAUUAUGUAGGCAAUUUGCUGGUUUCUGAUGAUUAUUAUGAUUGUAUGCUGUACUAACUGACUCCAGCAGAGAGGGGGUUGGAGUUUGGGUGUGUGUGAAAUGCCUUCAUUGGCCAUCUGAUGUUUGUACAGUUUUAUUGAUGUACGGUUCUGUGUGUGUUAUCGAUCGACCGCAGUCAAAUCUUCUCGCUCAGUGGGUGAGAUGUUUGUUCUGGGUGCCAUGUUCCUCUGCUAUCUGUUCAUUUAUGGGUGUGUGCAGCAGGUUUUAGAGGCCGACAUGCUGAAAGCGGAUAUAACUCUUGUUACUUUAUAUGUCUAUCCAUCACACUCCAUCUCCUCACAAUUCAGCUCCACAUGGAUAGCCCUUCUUACAUGUACAGUUUACAUGACAGUAUGUGUGUCUGGAUACAAGUUUAUUCGCUUCUGUGUUUUUUUUACUCCCUCCUAGCUCAGAUUGGUUCUCAUUCAUUCACAAAUUACAAUUUAAAACCGUUCUUGCGUAAGUCAUUGUUGAGCAGAGAAGUGUAUGACAUUUUCAAUGUAGUAAUUGUAAAACAAUUUCAUCUACAAUGUAAAUUGUAGAAAAAUAUUUAUAAUGCAAACAUUUCUGUGUAAAUCAAAAAUCCUCUCUUAAUUAUUCAUAAGAAAUGUGUUCUGCUUAUGUUGCUUUUGUUUUGUAUUAUGUUUCAUGAAACACAGUGUUUUGUUUUCCAUUCUUUCCUCUUUCCUCUCCUCUUUUGUAGUCUUGCAUGAAACUCUAAAUAUUGUCUUUACAUUUUACAAUUGUCCCUGACUAUGUCAGGUCAUAUGUCACCUUAAUAUCAAAAAUGUGUAUAUUAUAGGGAAAAAUAUGACUUAAGACUCGUUAUACAUUUUCAGGGUAGCCAAAUGCCAAUGUUUUCGGUGACAAAUUGUGGAUAGUUGUUUUAAACUGUUGAUUUAAUAA